AUGACUGGCUUGUCGGCGGCAGCUCCGCCAAUCCUCGCCUCUACACUGUUAGACUCGUCAUUACAAAAAAACAGCAAUGAUAGUUCAGUUCACGAGCGAUGUGGAAUGGUGGAGAGUGAUCCAUGGGACUUGACCAGAGACAUAGAAGAAGGGGUUUCACUCAUGCCGGGCAGGUCUGUUCUGAGCUGUGGUAGUGUCAUCGGGAUAUCUGGGCUACAGCCCACCAAUACGAACGGCUCGCGAGAAGGAACAGGAGAUGAUAUCCGAUAUUGGGUUGAAGAAUUUUCGCAACAUAUCCUAACCACUCUUCUCUGCAAAUACCCCGUCGAUAAAGACUUCCCAAGGGCAUUUGUGAUACAGUAUUUCGACUCACGACCCUUGUCUCGUCAAGCAUUGUUUUUUUCUCUCCAGCAACGAUCGCCAGACCGCUCAUCAGAAGACCUCGAAACUAUCCUGGAUAAUAUCCAAACACGUCGUGUAUAUGAUUUUGACGAACUGCUUGAAGCUGUAUCUCAGAUAUCGAAUAUCCUAUUCGAGCUCCAGCAACGGAAAAACCAGCCUGGAAACAAAGGAAAAGGAUACAACUCCGCUCCCGCCCUCCUCCUUAUUGAGGGUAUAGAUCAAUCACUCGAAGAGACCAUUCGCAUCUCCAACCCCGUGGCAGGCCAUGCCCGCCUUGUCCCAUUAUUACGGACACUCACUGUAUUAUCACGAACGUACGCUUCGUUUCUCUGCGUUAUCAUUGUUAAUUCUAUCGCUUUACAGCACCCUCCUCAAUCGGCCUCAGCUCAGGAGGCCGCUCUCACUCCAGCAGAUGAUACAAGUGCUGGUCAGCUGCAACAACAACAACAACAACAACAACAACAACAACAACAACAACAAUAUUGCCUAGAGCCUCCCGUAUGUUCCAUAUUUUCCAACAUCUCGAGGCUCUCGAAAGCGUCACCAACCCUUUCCUACUUCUCUGUCUUGACGCGGUCGCUCGACCAAGGCUGUGAUGUGCAUCUUUUAGUUUCCCAAAUGCAGAAAAAUAUGAUCAUUGAGGUGGCGAAGCAUAGGGUCGGGACUGAAGUUGGACGGUGCAAAAGGGCUGCUCAGAUAUUUGGUGUCCCUACCACUGGGUUUGGGGGAGCCAAGCGGAAUAGCCAGGAUCAUUCUCAAAUAUUCUCAAAUAGGAGAAUAAUGGUCAAGCUUGGGACUUUCACCUUGCGGCAGUUAACCCUCCCAACAAAAGCGCAUCCAACAAGUGAAAUGGCAAAGAUGAUACCCUUUCAGUUACUUGGAUUUUGGAAGCUGCUAUAUCAGUGGCCGCCGUUCAGAGCCAAGCUGUGUAUGACCAUAUUUGGCAAAUUCUUCCUGAGAUGGCCCCCGAAACAUUUCCAGCACGGUUUCAGAGACCUGAGUUAG